CCCUCCUACAUCCGGUAAGAAACCGCUAUCUGUCAGAAAAAAACGUCCCGAGCUGAGCUCCGCUACACGGACUCUCUCCUCAGAGGUCACCGCUGCGAGGAAGAGGCUCCUGCUUAUCCCCCAUUUGGAGCCUUUCAGUCCGGACACACAGCACAGGACAUGUCCGGCCAGAGGUAACCCUCCCCCGGGCUGCUGCUGCCUCCCCAGCCGGCUGAAGGACGAGGCAGGACGGACAGACGCAGAUGGAGAGGCCGCGCAGGCUGCUGCUGCUGUCCGAGCUCCGCGUCAGAAACGCCGCGUACGAUGUGAGUCUGAGCCGGUCCCUGCUCACCUGGAAGAGACGGAUCUCCAGCCCGGUGUACCACCCGUUCAGACCCUCUGUACAUCACAGUGUGUCAGUGUCAGAGAUCAUCUCUGUCAGAGAGGAAGAGGAGGAAAACAGCAGCAGACGAAGAGACGAUGGCAGCUGGAGGAAGAUCAAAGAGAGAGACGGAAAGGACUGCAGGCAGACCUUCACAGUGUUAUAUGUGGAGAGGUGUCAGCAGCACCGCUGGCGGUGCGCUGAGGUCACCUUCACGUGUUCAGAUGGGGCACUGUGUCAACGCUGGGUCAGCAGCAUCAGAGAGCAGCUCGCCUCUAUCACCACCAGACCCAAACACCUGCUGGUCUACAUCAACCCUUAUGGGGGGAAGCGACAGGGCAAACGCAUCUAUGAGCAGAAGGUCGUCCCGCUGUUUGCUGAGGCCGGCGUCUCCACGGAUGUCAUCGUGACAGAGUACGCCAAUCAUGCGAGGGAUCACCUGAGGACAGAGGCGGAGCUGAAGAAGUAUGAUGGUGUGGUGUGCGUUGGAGGGGACGGCAUGUUCAGCGAGAUCACCCACGGGCUGAUCUUGAGGACGCAGAUCGACGGUGGCGUAGAUCCAAACUGUGCGGAUGAGGCGCUGCUUCCCUGCUCACUUCGCAUCGGAAUCAUUCCUGCAGGUUCAACGGACUGUAUCUGCUUCGCCACUGUGGGCACCAACGACCCCGUGACCUCUGCUCUGCACAUCAUAGUGGGAGACUCUCAGCCCAUGGACGUAUGCUCGGUUCACCACAACAACACAUUCCUGCGAUACUCCGUCUCCCUGCUGGGAUACGGUUUCUAUGGUGACUUGCUAACUGACAGUGAGAGGAAGAGAUGGAUGGGGCCGGCCAGAUAUGACUUAUCAGGUCUGAAAAUGUUCCUGACUCAUCAUUAUUACGAAGGAACAGUGUCCUACCUGCCUGCCAGAGGCAUCAUGGGAACGCCACGAGACGCGGCCAGGUGUCUAUCAGGCUGUGAGGUUUGUCAGCACAACGGGCAGCAACUUUCAGAAACAUCUGAGAGGCACGAGAUGGAUGAAGCAUCAGAUAGUGAGAGUGACGGUGAGUGGAAGAUGAUCCGAGGGAAGUUUCUGGCUAUAAAUGCUGCCAGUAUGAGCUGUGCUUGUCCUCGCAGCCCCAAGGGCCUCUCACCUGCCGCUCACCUAGCUGACGGCACCACCGACCUCAUUCUGGUCCGAAAAUGUUCCCGCUUUGAUUUUCUCAGACACCUUCUGCGACACACCAGCAAAGAUGACCAGUUUGACUUGACCUUUGUCGAGGUCCACCGAGUGCGGCGUUUCCGCUUCACGCCUCGUCACUGCCAGAGCGACUCUGACCUGGAGCUGGACCUGCAAGAGCAUGGCAAACGCCAGAUCUUCAGCCAGAUCUGCCGAGACCACCCGGCUUGCAGCUGUGCCCCCGCCUACAGCAGCUGGAACUGCGAUGGCGAGAUCCUGACCCACACGGCGAUCGACGUUAGAGUGCACUGCCAGUUGAUCAAGCUGUUUGCACGUGGGAUCGAAGAACAGGCAGUGUUCGAGGAGCUCACCAACCCCUGUGCAAUAUAGACCUGUACCCCAAUUUUCCCCCAUCAGACACUGGAGUCUUCUCUCUGUUUCCAGCCAUCGCCUAUGUUACUGCUGCAGGCAUCGUCAUCGCAUCCUUCACCAGGAGACUCAACAGGAUUUUGUAUGACGUAUGACAAUGUAACUUCCUGGGUUUAAUAAUGUCCAAAAUGAGUUUCCUUAAAUCGCCCUGAUCUGCUUUAUAUGUAUCCCCCUUGGAAGUAGCAGCUGCGUUUAGAAAUCAAUCACAAAAUUAUAGACCCUGUGGAGAGAAAAGUUUCACCCUUAGAGUUUGGAUUAGUUGUGGGCGACACUGUUGGUGUCUUGUUGUGACAGCUGAGUGGUUGCUGGGUGUCUGACACCUCAAUCUUGUGGGCGCUUUAACUCUGACUUGUCUUGAUCUUGUCACUUUUUGUAUCAGGACUUGUGUUGAGUUUUGUGGACUCUGACUUUUCUUGGUGUCACUGGUGUUUUGACUCUGAUUCGUCUCCGUCUGACCAGUAACAGUCUUUUGUGUUGAGGAGGAUGUCUGGUAGAUGUAAGGGUCUUUGACUCUGACUUCAACUUGUUUGGACGUAGCUUUGACUUGUCCAGGACAAAUUCUCUGCAUUGUUGUAGAACUGAAGUAACAUCUCCAUCUAAAAAGUUAUUUUCUGUUAUCUCCGAUUCACCUUGUACCUAUGAUUGUUUUGUCUUUGACAUGUCUUAAUCUUGACUACCAGUUACUCUCAAUUGUAACUGCAAUCUUGACUUGGACUUGACCCCUAUUUGGACUUGACUCUGAACCUUUUUGACUUGGACUUGUCUUGAGCUUGACUUAAAUUGCCUGUUCAUUCAUUUCUAGAUUUGUCUUUUUUGGUGCUGUAGUCUCGUCUUGAUUGUGAUCUGUUUUUUUAUCAUCUCAGAUGUGUCUCUGCCUUGAGUGUGUUUCGACUCGUACUCGACUCUGACUUGUCUCUGACUCAACUUGUGAGUCAGUGGUCUUGACUGCAACUCUUCUGCCAUACAACUGGGUUAGAAACGUCAUCUUAUUUGCACUUUUAAAUAGUUUCAAUCAUUUUUCAACCAAAACCAAUUCCUGAAUUUGGAAUUAUCUGUAACAUGUUUGAAGGAUGCCAGACACCUGCCAGUCAUUCCCAGGGUCAAAUUAUCCCUAUAGGUCAAGGGUUGAUUCACAAAGUAGAACCCAUGCACAUGGUCAGUACUCGAAGGGAAAAGUAAUUCUGACAUGUGAUUUAUUUUUCUCUAACAGUCACUGUCAGUUUUUCAGCUGUGUGAAGGUUUCUGUUACAUUUGAUUUCAAAAACACAUCCAUUAGUGUUGUGUUUGUGUUUCCAUCAUUUCUCAGGAAACGAUCUGAGCCCAGUUGUAGCUAUCAAGUUGUAUUUUUACAUUUAUGAAUUACCAAUAGUGUAGAAAAAGAAAAUUUGGGAAAGUGUAACUUUCAUCAAAACAAAAGUAGUCAGUCAAGCUGGUUGUGGCUGAGGAUGCUGUACAGCGCACACAUGAAUGUUUUCAAUCGUUUUGCUUGAUAUGCAAAUCACUUCAGUCAGUUGGUGCAAACACGACAACACGUCAUCGUGAAAGUUUCCUGCUUUAACACCAAACAAACUGUGCAGAUAAUCUUCAUAGUCUUUGAAAUGAGCUGAAAUUGUAGCUGUAGCUUUAAUUCUGAACUGGUCAGUGGGUUCAUUUUUUUCUUCAUAAAACCUCAAGAUAAUCACAUGAACCUUCCAAGAAUCAGGAGUAAUGAUUCAACAAACAAGACAAAUAUGUUUUUGCAAACAAAUUGCUUCAGAGCAAUUUUACCUCCUUUUUCAAAAACAAUGUAUUUGCUUUGUGUGAUGUUCCUACACUACAUGGCCAAAUGUAUCAAUCCAUAGCUGCAUCCCAAAUGUACUGUAUGUGUUCAGGGCUUAUAGACCAGUCAAGUUCUUCCACACCAAACUGGGACAAUUAUUUUCCUAUAAAUUCUGUCUUGUGCAUGAGUUUUCUAUUCUGAAUGCCAAUCUUUUGAUCCCCACUCCAGUCCAGUAGGUGGCAGUAAUGUAGCUGUAAGCUGGUCUGCCAACUGGCAUUAAACCAAGAAACAGAAGUAUUCAGGCGAAACAGGGAAUUGGAAAAACUAAAUUGACAAAAAGUUGGAAGAACACUCGUCUUGCUUAGAAUAUAUUGGUGUGCUGUAGAUUUCCCUUCAUCUGAACUUAAGGGCCCAAACCAAGAAAUAGACCAAAAGAAAACUAAAGCAGUGGUUCUCAAUUUCUGGGGUUUUGUUCUGAUAUUUUUUAUGUGAACUGCAUCACAACUUUACAAUUAAAUUAUUCAAAUAUAACAAUCUGAUUUAAAUUACUUGCAUGCAAUAGACAUUUGCAACCUAUGUAAGGGAUCAGUCAAUAUACUUUUGGUCAUGUGGUCCACACUCCAAAAAGGAAACUGCUUGUUUAUAAAUGAGUCAAUCCAAAUGAAGGUUACACAUUUUAUUGUAUUAGGUUCACAAUGAUGAAUCAUUCAAAAAUAUAAAUUAUGUUUUUUUGGAAUUAAUAUGAUGGUUUCUAUUUGAUAUAUCUGGAUCUUUGUUUUGUAAAAUAGUUUAAACUUUGAGGACAAAUCAGACUGGAUGUUGGGUAUCUGCACUGGACUUGCUGAGUAGAAGCUGUUUCUUUGUAUUUCUGUUAGUUGUUCAUUUGUUGAACAGCAGUCUUUUUUCCUGCCUGCUGAUGUUGAGCUGGACUCAAACUGACGGAGGAGAGGACCUGUAGCAGCUCACGGUGCUUUUCAAAACUCUGAUCAAUCACGUUUUAGCUUUGUCCUGAUUUUAAUCUGACCAAAUACCAGCUAGGGUUCGGUGAUGUAGCUGUUUGUCUGUAACAGUUGUCUACAGGUCUUCACAGGCUCAAUAUGUUGGACCCAGUACAAAGCAGACCCGUGGAAAAACAAUAUUAUUUUUACUUAGGAACAGACCUGAUCCAAAAAGCUUCAGGACAGUCAAAACUGGUCUUAAAUAGAGGCAAGGAUGAUUAUACCUGAUCAAAAAUGCCAACAGAGUAAACACCAGCAUUGGCAGCAGCAUGAUGCUCCACUACAACAAUAACACAAUGCCCUCACAGACAUGAUGAGCCAGACUGAAGUCUCAGUUAGAGCCUGGACCUGUGAAGACCUGUAGCUCAGCUCUUUCUCUUAUGUUGAUUCAUCUUUUCAAUUCUGUGUUCGGAUGAACAAUCACUCUAGAUGUUAAAACUUACCACUUGUGUGCUACCUGAAGAUGCAUGACUGAGGUGACGUUUUUAUCAGGAAAAGAUUGAAUAUCUUCUUCAUAUUUAGCCUGCUGAAAUGAUUAAUAAAACAAGUUUGUGUUACAGUAGUAUCAUAGAAUUAAUCUCUGAUUUGGCGUGAAUAGAGGUACAUUCAUUUUCAUGUUUUCAUGAAAAUGUUGGUGCUUGAAGGUCACAGUGCUAAACACGUGGCAUACUGUAGCUGGUGAUUACAGUACAGCUAACAUGCUAUUUAGCCGGGAACAUGUCGGCCCAUAGUCAGCCAUAAUAUCCCACUUAUCUAGCUCAAUAGACAGUAGCUAAUGUAUGUUACUGUUCAGCCAGAAUAUUUAGCUGGCUUGCUACUAGCUAAUGUUGCAUUUACAAAUUAUACCUGGAGACCAAAAGGCUCAGACACAACAGAAAAUGGCGUAAUGAAAUUCCUUUUUGCGCCUCUAAGAAAUAUGCUGUGCUACAUGCUAGGUUACGUGGCGAGGUCUCGCAAGUGAACUGUUGUAUCUUGCAAGCUAAUGGCUACCUCCCUGCUAGCAUUUUCGUCUAGUAGUUAUUAAUUUCAUUCAAUAAAAAGUUGUUUAAAAGGGGAGAAAGCGCUGUCAACUUAUCAAAAAUAAAUUCAAGUCUCGUAA